AUGGUCGCCCACGUUAUUCUCAGCGUGGCAGAUGAUCAUAGCCACACCCAUGGUAGCAGCCAGGCCGCUAUUCAGAACAUUGCGAUCCGGGUGAUGACCGGUGGGCAGAAACGGAAACUCUCGAUGCCGUUCAUCUUCAUCAUUUCUAUGGAGGACUUGAUGCAUCCAUCGGUCAUGUUUGAGUGA